CUACACUCGUUAACCUCACACUUUUCACUCCGAAUCAUUCCAUCCGAUCAUUGUCUUCGAUCUCGGCCGACUCGAUUAUCUCGUUUCAUUGCGGCUUUCACGAUGCUCGCUUCGAUCGUUGUCCCGCUGGUAGUGGUUAAAGGUGGACAUCGAUCAAACUUAGGAUUCGGUCAAAACUUUCUUCGCGAAAGGGAGGUCUUUGGUCGUUCCGUUCGGUUUCUUAACUUUUUUCAAUUUAAUGAAACUAGAAAAUAUCGCUAAUCAGCGAUUCGAUGUUCGGUGCUGUUUUGGCGAAUAUAUAAUAUUUUACGCAAGAACGAGACUUGUACCUAAGCUUUGCACUGCCGAUGCGACAAAGCGAAGUAGUAAACUGCUAAAUAAUUAAUGAAAAUUAUUUUCGAGGUCGAAAUAAGUGCAAGUGCGGGGAGGAUAUGUUCGAAACCACCUAACGCAUCGCAGUGUGCACAGUGUUUUUUUUCCUUUUCUCGAAAGUUAUCUCACACGCUUUCUAAUGUUUCCCGGGCCGUCUUUCCAAUUUCACUUAACUUCGCUUUUAAGUGAAAAUUUUCUUGAAAUAACUCCCUUGCUCGAGGCCCGUCGAACAUGCCUGUGGUCGUAAGAGAAAACAACGGCGCGCGUGUAACAGGUCCUCCAGCUUCCGAGGUUCGCAUUGCGGUUUAAAGUUCGAACCGUUCGUAAUCGUUCACUUCGACGAAAGGGAUCGUUUACAUUUUGCCAAAGUGCAAGAGUACCACCGAACCUCGCCGAGGACGUAAAGCUUUUUUAAAAAUCUGCUAUUGCUAUUCUAUUUUUCGAGGAUUCUUCAACGAAACGUCUAGCGACGGGAAGUGUGGUUUUCGCAAAACUUUAAUCAAAGCUUGCGCGAAGGCGAGAGGAAACGACAGACCCUCGAGCCGCGUCGACUCUUCUCGAGAUUUCUCCGUCGUCGCGGUUGGCUUCGCCGGGGGCGAAGAUGGGGUCGAAGAUGUACCGAUAUCUCGAUGAUCACAGUCGAUCGCUAACGAACCCGCCUUUCCAACGAUGCGGAAAGCUUCUGGAAGCUUUUCUACUUUUACUCGCACCGAAAACCUGAAACGCAAAGAUACGGUUUACGAACCGGUGUCGCGUGUUCAACGCGGCCGAUAAACGGCACGCAUAACUGAUCGUUGAACGAGUCGUUCAGAUUACCCGAACGAUGUUGAGUAACCGACGCGCGUUGACUUAGAUAAUUACUGGGCGGUUAGCGUCGAGGGCGGAAAUGGUAACUCUGAAACCGUUUACUCCGGUGACCGGAUUUCGCUGUCGAUAAAAAAAUGAUCGCGGAUGACCGAUCCAGCCAGAAGUAUGAAUUACCAGAACGUGCAUAUCGCGCGGCAAAAGAACGAGAAGGAGAAAGGGAAAGCGGGAGAGGACACCGUCGGUGUUCUGGCAACGAAUUUCGGGCUCGUGUUGCCCGGCUCAGUUGUUCAUGAGAAAGCGCAAGUGUUUACGAGUUUCGUGCGUCGGGUUCAGGUUGGGGCAGUCGUGAUGCAGUAGAAUAUGGCGUCCCUCAUCGUUUAAGGCUCCAUGGAUCAUAUUUUACAGCUGUUAUCUCGUACCGAUUUCGAACAAGUCGCUCUUCGCUUCGCAUUUCUCCCUAUCGUCGCGCGUGCCUGUCUGUCAUCCCUCUAAUUUACCAAUUAUUUUUUUGUAAAACGACUCACCUAGGUCCUUCUUCAGGGUUUAUUUAAACGAUCGCUGUCCGUGCCGGUGAACUUACGAACUAAUAAUUAGGACGUAUAUUCCUGUGGCAUCGUUUGACUUACUUUAAAUUUGUUGCGGUCAACUGAUAGAACGCGUAGCUUUUUACAUCCUUCAUCGAACGUAUCCUUUAUUGCAAUUUGUACCAUUUCCUGUUCAUCGAAGUGCAAUUUCGAUUCAUUUAGAAUCUCCUCGGAAUAGUUCAUCGAUAGAUUCUUUCGAUUCCGUGUCUGUUUAUCUCGAUUCCCCAGAGCCGCCAUCCAAAUAUCGAUCCUUGCAAUCUCUCGUAAUUUCUCAUCCCCCGUUUUCCACCGAUUUCUCUUGACCACGACGAGCUCGCGUGCGUCUCGUUCACGAAUCAUCCUUGUGUAACCGAUCGUGACAAUUUUCGUUUCGAUCGCGGCGGGAAACGCGCGUGGACGCAGCAGUGACUACGAUCCGACUACCACCGCGAAGAGGCUAAUUAAAAUCGUCGCAAGGACUCAGCGACGUCGAAGAGACACCGGGAAUAAUUCUGUGCCGGCCAUGUGAACCGAUCACGCUACCGGGGUGCAUUAUGCGAGGAUUAUGCAAGAGUUUGCGUAAUCGUAAUGACACCGCUUAAAGGAGACCGGGAACGAAAUUGCUUGGCCUUCGUGCAUCUUUCGAAGACGUUAUUCAACGUCGCUUAGUCCGCCUCCUUGUUCGCGAUAGUCUGUAAAAAACGUCUGUCGGAGGAGAGGUUAUUAGCGUUACGUCAUCCGUGCUCCACAGAUGAAAAGCACUUUUCCGGAAAUCUCGGCCCUCCGAUCGAACGACGCUAUUUUUACUCUGCCGAGUUCAUUCAUAGCUCGGUCGUAGUAUCGCGACGGAAUGAUUGCAUUCUGCUUUCAUUCUGUAACAGUGCAGCAGCUUUAUCCGAUAUUCAGUGAGAUUGUGAGAGACAUAAACGAGUACUCGCGUUCGCUGAACGCGCCGUAAACGACGUCUCGUCCAGUGUUUUCUCCGCAAAUCCGAAGAGUAAUGCUCGUCAGAGUUCGCGCAUCGUAAAAAUUGUUAAACGAAACGUGCACGAGCGAAAUGUUUCGUAUUGCGUCAACGUGCUACGUCUUUACAUAAGCACGCAGUGAAAUUUAGUACUAUGAUGCUCUUUUUCGAUGAGUCGUAAUACGCGUAGAUCGAACGAGAUCGCGCGAAACUUCUAAAUACGUGUUUUCUGAAAAAAAUCCUUGCUCGUUCGGUUACGCAUUCUUCUUAACUGUUCGAUUUUUCUUCGGGCGCAUCUUCGAGUUUGUCUUCGGGAGGAUGGUCUCGCUUCCCGUUGAUGGCAUAGCAACGUAAAGAGUUACGACUUAUCUCAAGCGUUACGCCACCAGCGUUUACUCCGUUCGCAAAGUGUGCAUAAGAACGGACCGUUUUAAAACGCUCCUUCGAGCGUCUGGUAAAGCGAAGAUAAUGACAGGGUUAAUACGUCUGCCAUCGGUUAUGGUAACGAGCUGAUUAAACUCGAGCCAUUGUGGCUUUCAUCUUCAACGGAGCGAUUCCUUUCGCUUUUUUCGGCACUAACUUUCACUCCGCUAUCGUCGACCGCGGACGUUCGGCGCCGUUUUGCCGGCAUUUUCGACCGGACGUUUACAAAUUACUCGUUCUGCACGUGUCAUUCUUUAUCUUCACGUCGCCAUCGUUGUCUCUCUCUUUCUCUCUCUCUCUCUCUCUCAAUCUCUCUCUUCCUCUCUCGUAAACGUCGAACAGAGGAGCAACUAACUGUUAAGCGGGAGGCUGAACUAUUGAGUCGGAUCUUGCGAGUAACACCGUCUGUAUAAUCUCCGUUCAUCCUUCGAAACAGAACAGUCUUUUUAAAUUUAAGUAAUUUUUUUAAAUUACUUCAGGCGGCUUGAGUUUUUUUUGAAACGUUAAAAAGAUCAGUGUACUAUCAUAGAACCUUGGUAAAACCUUAAAAUUUAUUAUAAUCGACUUUUAUCACGAUCUAAAUUUUGUAAUCUAUUAUGAUCCUAAAAAGCUUGCAUUUCGUGUAGCAAAGAAAUUCUUUCAAGUUCUUGAAAAAAGUCAAGUCGUUUGGUCCACUUUUAAGGAAGGUUCCCGGCUGUCUGUAUCAGUGAAUAAUCUCACCUAACGCAUCGUACUCUGUCACAGGACUCAAACGUCGCGUCUCGAUCGUUUCUUCCUGUCGACGCAACGAUAUUAAUUGCUAUUAGGAAUCAGAAAUAUGCGAACAGACGCGUAACACGAGUAUGAGCAUUCUGUCGAUCGUCCACGCAGGUGCUGGUUGUUUUUCUCGUUUCACCAAAAUAUGAUACAUGCACGCUUUGAAAAUCACUGAUAUCCGAGUUCUGACAUAAAAUGGAUUUGGUUCAAGUCGAUCCAGUUUUACCGUCAGACGGUCGAAUCUUGCAUCCCGUGUUUAACCUGUGAUUCUGGCUUGUUUGCGGAAUAGGGUGAACUCGAAUAUUAUUCUCGGAGGUCUAAGCAGCCGAAGGUUGCUUUUGAGAUUUUCUGGGAACAGAGUUGCUGUCGUCGAGAAUGCAGUCACCUUUUGUUAUCGUCGUAUAACAAACCGGUUAGACGAUGCAGUCUGCGAAGGGUGCGAUUUGCGCGAUGACGUCGGCCACCUACGGCCUACGGUUUCUGGUGGUCGUUUUUAUGAUCGCGGCUGCGGCGACCUUUUUGCACGUAAAUAAUUACAGGCCCAAGCAAAUAUUCCUUUCCUGCGAGAGACCAUGUCAUCACUUGGAUUGGCCCAUGAUUUGCCGAGUCAAACUCACCCUCGAGGUUUUCCAGUCUCUUAGCAAAUCGUGCGGCGAUUGUCCGCAAAAUGAAACGGCUUGCCUGUCGAAUCAUUGUGUGUCGGCCGAUGGGCAGAGACGCGGCAUCCUGUCGGCGAAUCGGCAAUUGCCAGGGCCAACUAUUCAGGUUUGCGAAAACGACAUCUUGGUGGUGGACGUGAUUAACCGGCUUCCGGGUAAAGCAGCCGCGAUGCACUGGCGCGGUCAGUCGCAGGUCGAGACACCAUACAUGGACGGUGCGCCUCUGAUCACACAAUGCCCGAUACCGAGCUACACCACGUUCCAGUACAAAUUCCGGGCUUCGGUCGCUGGAACACAUCUUUGGCAUGCUCACGCCGGCGCCGACAUUACAAAUGGGAUUUUCGGCGCGCUGAUUGUGAAGCAAGCGGACAUCAGAGACCCGCAUCGGUCUCUGUUCGACAUCGAUGAUCCGAAACACGUGGUCCUGGUGACCCAGUGGCAGCAUACAGCCGAGACCACGCUCAACCAAGGUUACACAAAGCCGGCGAUACUUCUGAUCAACGGGAGAGGACGUCAGCCAAACGGACCGAGCGUGCCGUUUACGACGUUCACCGUCGUCCCGGGACGUCGUCACAGGUUCCGUUUGGCGAACGCCGGUGGUGCUGGAACCUGUCCAAUAACUAUUUCGAUCGAUGCUCAUCCCCUUUCGCUGAUUGCCCUGGAUGGCCACCCAGUGGACCCGCAGCAACUUACGUCGAUUACUCUGGCUACAGGCGAAAGGGCGGACUUCAUCGUGGAGGCAAACAGACGCGUCGCUUCUUAUUGGAUAAACGUGCACACAUCGAAGGAAUGCGGACCCAGUUCCAUAAACGGUGCUGCGAUUUUGAAGUAUACGGGAAGCUCGAGCAAGGAACCGCUAUCUGCGACGGAGAUUAUCGAUCAGAUCGAGGAGGAGCAGCAGAUUAAACGGCUCGCUAUGACAACGAAUCCUGCCGAGAAAUGCCAAAACCCGGAUAGCCUUUGCGUCACAGACUUGAAGGCUUUGCGGAAGAUACCGAACUCUCUCUCUCCGUCGAAGACGGACGUCGCUAUACACCUACCGAUAAAUUACAGGCUUCAAACCAAUUACGUAAUUGGCGAGAGCGGGGUAGAAACGAGAGUACUUAACGUGAACAACGUUACCUUCACGUAUCCAUCGUCGCCGCUGUUAACGCAAGGCGCCGACGUCUCCAAAGAGAAUCUGUGUCUCUACGAUGCCGACAGUGACUCCCACAACGAAAACAAAGAAACAUCUUCGUUGUCCUCCCAACCAAACUGCCGGUUCGGCAAUGGCAACGCGGUUAACACGUGCGAGUGCGUUCACGUGAGACACAUUCCUCUUGGCGCGACCGUCGAAAUCAUUCUCCUCGAUCAAGGUGGUCUCGACGAUUUAGUGUACCAUUUGCACGGGAACACGUUCUACGUGGUAGGCGCGCGAAAAUUCGGACGCAGCGUGAGUUUGCAAGAAUUGAAAGACCUGGAUAACAAAGGACAAUUAUUCUCUCGAAAUCUGGACUACGCGAUAGCUAAGGACACGGUUAUCGUACCGAAAUUCGGUGCUGUGGCUAUUAGAUUCAAGGCAGACAAUCCAGGUUAUUGGAUGCUCCGAGACGAGCACGCCGCCGAUUGGACUCGCGGUUUGGACGUAAUUCUGAAGGUUGGAGAGACGAGCGAUGUAAUAGCUGCACCAGAUGACUUCCCAAGAUGCGGAUCAUUCGUCGGCCCGGAUUAUUUUCUCAUAUAGACUGCUAACUACCACUUAAGAAAUGUUUGUAUAUAUGACUGUAAAUAGAUACAUGGAGACUGAAAGUAUAUACGCAUUGGCAAAGAUUUCAUUACUGCAUGCUUUUCUUUAAUAAACGAACAUUCAUAUCAUU